ACUCUAUUUAAAAUGGAGAAUCCUAAUUCCUUAACAGAGAUUUCAGCUCUGGUGGAGCGCACACUACUGGAUACAGGGCGCCUGUUUAGAAAAUCAGGCUCAAUGCCUGCCAGUACUCAUCUUCAGCGGUCACUUCCUUCAUAUUAUGAUAGUUUUCAGGAGGCCCUGGAUAAUCUCUCUGAGCAAAUUUUUAUUGCUAAAGCCUUCCUAGAAAAGGAUUAUGAGGCAAUCAAGGCACGGGAGGUGGUGCCUGUUACAGAAGAUGUGACCAUGUCAGAAGUUGAUCAGAAUCAGAAUGUGGGGCAGGAAACACAACCUUCAAAUCCAUUGAAGAUGGAGCCGGUCACUGAGACUGCCAACGUUCAGCCCAAGACUGAGCCAGAAGUGUCUGCACCCACAGAAGCUACCCCAGCCCCCCAGCCCAGUCAAGAUCCAAUUGUGAAAGAAGAACCCCAGGCCAAAGCUGAUGCCCCCAUGGAACAAUCAUUUCCAGAUGCCGAGGGUCUCAAUUUUGAUUCAGUCCUCAAUGAGGGUGGUGGUGGCUCUGGUUCAUUUAAUCUCAGUUUGGACUUUGGGGAUGAUGAUAUGGGCAAUCAGGCCUUCCUCUCAGGCUCAGCAUUUGGUAGUAAUGUCCCAGGUGACUCCAAAUCUGGCACAUCACAGCCCCCUGAAAACUCUACAAGUACAGCCCCUGCUGGCGGGGGUGCCUUUGACAUGGAACUUCAGAAGAGUGAGGGUGGAUCUAAUGCAUUCCCAGACCAGGGUAAUGCAAUGGAUGAUUUGAUGGCACCUGGAGAAUCAAACUUUGAUGAUUUGUUUAUGGAGAAUGAGAACCUUGGCGGGGAUAGUACGGGAGAUCUCAAUCAGCUGGAGGGGGAUAGUUUGAUGAAUCUCAAUGAGCUGGAAGAUAACUGGUUUACCUAA